AUGCCACUCUCCAACAACCGCGCCCUCAGCAUCCUCAACCAUGCCGCCACCAACCGGUACGGCGUGCCAGCGAUGUGCUGCUACAAUGUGGAGGGCAUUCUCGCAACGGUACGCGCCGCAGAAGCCAAGCGGUCCCCGGCAAUGAUCCUCCUCUUCCCAUGGGCGGUGCACUACGCCGACGGUAUCCUUGUGCACGCCGCCGCGGAGGCAGCCUCCAAGGCCUCCGUACCGGUCACCGUACACAUGGACCACGCACAAACGCCCGAGAUCAUCCGCUACGCGGCCGACCUGGGCGGGUUCGACAGUAUCAUGGUCGACAUGUCGCACUACGAGAAGGAGGAGAACCUAGCCCUGACGCGGGAGCUGGUUGAGUACUGCCAUGCGCGCGGGAUCGCGACGGAGGCGGAGCCAGGCCGCAUUGAGGGCGGGGAAGAUGGCGUUGCCGAUACGGCGGAUCUGGAGGGACUUCUUACGACCCCUGAGGAGAGCCAGGAGUUUGUCGAUACGGGGAUUGACUGGCUGGCGCCGGCUUUUGGGAAUGUGCAUGGCGAGUACGGGCCGCGCGGGAUCAGGCUCGAGUAUGACCGACUGCAAUCUAUCAAUAAUGCCGUUGGAGAUAAGGUUCAGCUUGUCCUGCACGGCGCGGAUCCUUUUACCAAGGAGAUUUUCCAGAAGUGUAUCGAGUGUGGUGUGUCCAAGAUCAAUAUCAACAAGGUCUUGAAUAAUGAGUAUGUCAAGGUGCAGCAGGAAAAGGCCGGCAAGGUGCCCCUCACGACUCUCCUUGAAGAAGCAACCAAUGCCAUGCAGAAGGCGGUUGAGCGGUGUAUGGAUAUGCUGGGCUCUGCAGGACGAUACCCUUGA